AUGACAAAAUAUAAGCUCAACAACAAUGUCCGGUCGUCUUCCGAAGUGACGUUAACGUCUUACCUCUCUGGAAGCAUGGAGGGGAAGAAGGAUAAUGUGUUCCAGAUCCAGCUAGAUCCAGAUCUAACUAAAUGCAACGUAUGCCCAAGCUCCUGCGAGUAUAUUGACAACGGCCUGGCGGCUUUGGAGAAAACCUGUGAUAAAUUUGGCCUCAACGAGCUGAAAGUGGAAAGUUUGGAGGAUGUGUGUCUGUGCGAGAAGUACAAUGGUGGGUGCAAGCUGUGUCCUAGAUCGAGUCCGGCGCCAACUUUGACCAUCAAUCUUGAAGGUGCUCAGAAGGAGUGCUUGUCUUGCCAUGGCGUUUCUUUAUACCAAAAUUCAAACGGUUCCUACCCCGGCAACAAUUACCCGGAGAAGAAAAGCAGAUGGAGAAAUAACAUGACUAAGCGAGCGAAAUCUUGCUGCUCAAAGAAGACGUUGCUUCGGAGACUACCUAUCUUGGCCUGGCUUCCUGAUUAUAACCUGAGCAAAGGACUGGCUGAUGCAAUAGCAGGUUUAACAGUAGGUCUAACUGUGAUACCCCAAGCUAUAGCCUACGCGGGCGUAGCUGGACUACCCCCGCAGUACGGCCUCUACUCGUCGUUCAUGGCCUGCUUCGUCUACACGGUCUUCGGGUCCGUGAAGGACUCCGCUAUAGGACCAACAGCCAUUGCAGCUAUCCUUACUAGAGAAAACCUUCACGGCUUGGGGCCAGAGUUCGCCGUGCUGCUGGCUUUUCUUUCUGGAUGCGUGGAACUUGUUAUGGGCAUUUUACAACUAGGUUUUCUUAUAGAUUUUAUCAGUGGACCAGUGUCUGUAGGCUUCACAUCAGCAGCAGCAAUUAUAAUCGCCACGACACAAGUGAAAGACAUCCUGGGCCUUAAUUUCCCUGGAGGGAAAUUCCUGCAGGUCUGGUCUGGUAUCUAUGAGCAUAUUGGAGAGACAAGGCUUUGGGACACCGUCUUAGGAUUCUCCUGCAUACUUUUGUUACUUCUACUUAGAAAAGUAAAGGACAUUAAAAUAAGUGAUUCUUCAGACAACAUCAGUGAUGUGGCUGGAAUUGAGGAGACAGUUAGCAGUAGCAGCAAGGUACGCGCGGGAGCCUCGCAGGCAUUAUGGUUUUUAUCUACAACUAGAAACAUCCUCGUUGUCCUCCUCUGUUCGGCGUUAGCUUACUAUUUUGAUACUAAGAAUCAGACGCCCUUUGUUCUCACUGGAACAGUUAAACCAGGUUUGCCAGAAUUCUCCCCUCCACCAUUCUCCGCAACUGUGGGGAACCACACCUACACGUUCAUGGAGAUGACCUCCACACUGGGAUCUGCCAUAUUUGUUGUUCCUCUGCUCUCUAUAUUGGAAAAUAUUGCGUUAGCUAAAGUUUUUUCUGAAGGAAAACACGUCGACGCAACUCAGGAGAUGAUAGCGCUAGGCGUGUGCAACAUCGUAUCUUCUGUCGUAGAUUCGAUGCCCGUGUCUGGUGCUUUAUCUCGAGGAGCUGUUAAUCAUGCCUCGGGUGUGGCCACUCCGGCUGGCGGUGUCUACACUGGCGUUCUGGUACUGCUCGCGUUACAGUAUUUCACGCCAUACUUCUAUUACAUUCCAAAAGCGUCUUUAGCGGCUGUGAUCAUAGCAGCUGUAGUAUUUAUGAUGGAGUUGCACGUCUUCAAACCUAUUUGGCGAACUAAGAAACUAGACAUAAUACCAGCAGUAGUGACGUUUGCGACAUGCUUGCUAGUUCGCUUGGAACUUGGUAUUGUGGCAGGAAUUGCUGUUAAUCUGCUGUUUCUCUUAUAUGCAUCUGCGCGACCCUCUGUGAGAGUGACAAGAGCCGUUUCAAGUGACGGCGUGCCAUAUGUGCUGGCGACGGUAGACCGUGCGCUGUCGUUUCCGUCAGCAGAAUUCGUAAGACGCGCGUUACGAAAGGCUCCGUCAGAUGCACCGCUCGUGCUGGACGCGCAUCACGUUCAAGCAGCUGAUUUCACCGCUGCUAAGGGUAUUAAGUCGUUAAUAGACGAUUUCCACGCCCGCGGACAAACAAUUAUAUUUUACAACGUAAAGCCGUCAAUAGCUGAAGUGUUUCGUGGCCAGAGGCACAAAAAAGCCUACUUGAAUACAUCUUGCCCAAAUAAAGAAUAA